UUAAAUAUUUAAAAUAAUAAUUUAGAGAAAAUAUUAAUUUAAUAUUUAUUUAACGUUUACUGAACAUUUAUAUUUCAUUACUCACUUAAGGGGGAAACCUCAUUUAUCGGGUCAAAAAAAUCGAUUUUUUGGAAAUAGUCUUAAUCGAUUGUUAAACUAUUCAAGAAUAUUCCCUGAAAAUUUCAAGUCGAUAUCUGCAGUAUUUACGAAGUUACGAAGUUAAAGCGGACGGGUCGGGUGACGAGUUCAGACAGGCCUAGGCGACCCUCGGGCGGUCGCGUUUAUACCUGCGUUCUCAAAAACCUUCAAAGCCAUCUUAGAUUUGAAUCCGUACGGCAAUGACUGUCCUGUAAAAAAAAGUGAAUGCGUUGGGCAUGUCGAGAAACGAAUGGGCACAAGACUUCGAAAUGUAAAAAAAGAUAAGAAGCUCGGAGGACGUGGAAUGUUGACCGAUGUACUGAUAAACAAAAUAACUCGAUACUACGGAUUAGCCAUACGUCGAAAUACUGAUUCGGUCCAGGGCAUGAAAAAAGCCAUUCAAGCAACACUCGAUCAUCUAACAUCCACCGACGAGACACCGAAACACGGAAAUUGUCCGGCUGGAGAUGAUAGCUGGUGUAAAUGGCGCAAGGCUGAGGCAGCAGGUUGUGCAGCGUCAUUUAAACAUCCCCCUCCUCUUCACCCAAAUGUUGAGAAACAUUUGCAACCAAUCUUCGACGAUCUUUCGAAUGACAAUCUUUUGGAAAGGUGUUUAGGCGGUUACACACACAAUACAAAUGAAUGUUUUAAUUCGACCGUUUGGCGUUUAUCGCCUAAACACAUUCACAGUGGAGCAAAAAUCGUCUGCAUUGCUGCGUAUAUUGCUGCAUCAAUAUUUAACGAAGGCUACAAUGCAGUAUUGAUGAUUAUGAACAAAUUGGACAUAGAAAUUGGGAUACAGGCACAAAAUUUUGCCAUAGCGAAGGACGAGAAACGAAUAACCACACAGAACCGCCGAAGCUAUAACAGCUCAAAAGAGGCAAGAACGGCUCAUAGGAUGGAGAUGAUGGCACAAAACGAGUUCUACGAGGAAGCGGAGGGGCUACUUUAUGCACCUGGAAUCGCUGAUUAGCCUGAGACUGCCAUCAAAAUUAAGGACGCUACAGUGUACACAGCGGAGACACACUAUAAGCGAAGCAAUAUUAUUAUGGCGUCCGUUUAUGUAGUAAACAUCUUUUUUUUUUUAUGAAAAAAUUCCUGUGUACUCUUUGAUUGUGUACUAAAUUGUCAUAAAAAUUUCAAAACGUUUCAGUUUAUUACACCCAA